AUGGGAAGGGAGACUCGAAACGUAAAACGGAAUUACGCCCGAGAGGCCAAACGCCUCCCACUAACCAGUUAUAUGGUGGACAGUAGCUCCCGAAGAAAUCAAGUACUGUCCAUCGUCUUCACCCAAGAGGACUCUGAUGGGGUUCACUACCCCAAUUGUGAUGCACUUGUGGUAAGGGCCAUUGUGGCCCGAAAUGGAUUCAAGCAAAUGCUAGUAGACAAUAGCAGCUCCGUUAACAUCCUGAUCGGGUCUACCUUUGACAAGAUGAUCUUGGACCACGAGCUGACGCGCACCACCACUCCUCUAUAUGGAUUUAUCGGAGAUAGUAUUACUCCGAGAGGAAAGAUAACAUUGGUGGUAGAGAUGGGAGAGUCUCCCCAAACCACCAUGAACUUCAUGAAAUUUCUUAUUGUAGACAGUCGAUCGGCUUACCACAGAGUCUUGGAUAGACCAGCCCUAAAAGAGUUGGGAACCGUCACUUCCAUCCACCACUUAUGCAUAAAACUCCCAACUGAGAACGGGGUGAUAACAGUGAAAGGUAACCAAAGAGGAUCCAGAGAGUGCUACCUGAGCUCCAUCAGAAAUGGCGAUCCCCGAGACGUACAUGCCAUCCUGACUGAUGCGGAUAUGGCAGACAUCCCAAGUGAGGAAGAACUCUCCAUGAUCGAUGAGAUCGAUCCCCGCGUGAUUGGGCACGAACCCCAAGCAACUCCGAUUGAGGAACUAGAAAACUUUCCUGUCAACCCCCGCGACCCCGCGAAGGUGUUGAAAGUGGGCAUAGGCCUAAGCAACGACAUGAAAGAAAGAUUGAAAGACUUUCUCUGCAAGAACCUUGACAUCUUCGCUUGGAGGCAUGAAGACAUGGUGGGCAUAGACCCCAAGGCAUGCCCCAAAGACAGUUUUCCACUUCCAAGAAUUGAUCAAUUGGUAGACUCUACCGCCGGGCAUGAGCUCCUAAGUUUCAUGGAUGCCUACUCUGGCUAUAACCAAAUACCCAUGUACCCGACUAAUGAGGAGAACAUCUCUUUUAUCACUGACAGAGGCCUUUACUGCUACAAGAUGAUGCUCUUCGGGUUGAAAAACGCUGGGGCCACAUAUCAAAGGCUUGUCAACAGAAUGUUUGUAGACCUCAUCGGCAAGACAAUGGAAGUCUAUGUUGACGAUAUGCUUGUAAAAAGCCUGAAGGCAGACUACCAUGUGAUGCACUUGGAUGACACUUUUCGAAUCCUCAUGAGGUACAAGAUAAAGCUCAACCCCCUCAAGUACGCUUUUGGCGUUGCCUCUAGCAAAUUCCUGGGGUACAUGGUCAACCAAAGAGUAUUGAAAGCCAGAAAGAAGUUUGAAUGGAAUGAAGAGUGUGAAGAGGCCUUCCAGGUCCUGAAAAAGCAUCUAAGGCAGGCCCUCUUCCUCUCCAAGCCUAAGCCCGACGAUAUCCUCCAACUAUACCUGGCCAUUUCCAACGAGGCCAUCAGUGCAAGCCUGACCUGA